UGUUCAUCACACUUCUGGUGGUUAUUUUAAACCGCAAGCAUAACAGUUACUCUGCACUAAAAAACUAAAAUCCAUUUCGAAAAAGUUCAAUUUCAAAUAAGUAAAAAAUCAAAUCACAAUCAUGGUUGUUGCAGUGAAAGUUUUCAAAAAAACUACUCCAAAUGGAAAACUUACAUUCUACUUGGGAAAACGUGAUUUCAUCGACCAUUUGGAUUAUUGUGAUCCAAUUGACGGUGUUGUUGUUGUCGAACCCGAAUAUUUGAGAGGAAGAAAAGUGUUUGGUGAGUUGAUCACUACAUACCGAUACGGUCGUGAAGAAGAUGAGGUGAUGGGAGUGAAAUUUUCCAAGGAAUUAUGCUUGCAACGUGAACAAAUUGUUCCAAUGAUUAAUCAACAAAUGGAAAUGACACCAAUGCAAGAACGUUUAGUUAAGAAACUCGGAAAAAGUGCAUUUCCUUUUACUUUCCAAUUCCCAAGCGUUUCACCUAGUUCAGUUACGUUACAAGCUGGUGAAGAUGAUGAGGGAAAACCAUUGGGUGUGGACUACACAAUUCGAGCUUAUGUGGGACAAAAUGAGGAAGACAAAGGCCAUAAACGCAGUCAAGUCAGCUUGACUGUGAAAAAAUUACAAUUUGCUCCAGCGUCUCGUGGUCGCCGUCUUCCAAGCUCUCUGGUUAGCAAAGGAUUUACAUUCUCACAGGGCAAAAUCAAUUUAGAAGUUACACUUGAUCGUGAAAUUUACUACCAUGGAGAAAAGGUAGCAGCUACAGUUGUCAUAACAAACAACUCAAGAAAAACUGUUAAAAAUAUCAAGUGCUAUAUCGUGCAGCACUGUGAGGUGACAAUGGUUAAUGCUCAAUUCAGUAAACACGUGGCUUCAAUGGAAACUCGUGAAGGUUGUCCAAUUACUCCAGGCGCUAGUUUUACUAAGCAAUUUUAUUUGGUUCCACUUGCAUCUAGCAACAAGGAUCGUCGAGGUAUUGCUUUGGAUGGACAUCUGAAAGAUGAAGAUGCCAAUUUGGCAUCUUCAACUUUAAUUACUGAUGGAAAAACUUCAUCUGAUGCAAUGGGAAUUGUAAUUUCAUACUCGGUUCGAGUUAAAGUUAACUGUGGCACUUUAGGUGGAGAAUUAGUGACUGAUGUUCCAUUUAAAUUGAUGCACCCUGCACCAGGCACUGUUGAACGUGAACGCGUUAAUGCAAUGAAAAAGAUGAAAUCGAUUGAAAGGCAUCGAUAUGAAAACAGCCAUUAUGCUGAUGACGAUGACAAUAUUGUUUUUGAAGAUUUCGCUCGUCUUCGAAUGAAUGAACCAGAGUAAAUCGAUUCAAUAACCGAAUGUUUGAAUAAAACAAAAAUGUCAAAAAAAUGAAGAAAAAAAGAAAAAAAAAAACAGUAACUAAAAAGAAAUGGGGGUCAAGAGAUAGUCAGAACUUGAACUGGAUUUUCAUUUCAGUACCGCGAUUCAGUUGACUUUUUCACUAUCAAUUAAAUGACACUCACCACCAGAAGUGAUAUUAAUAAAAACAAUACGAACGAAUUAUUGGAUUCUGUUUUCCAACGAGAAUUCAGAAUUCAAUUAAAAAGCAUUAAAGAAAAACAAAAAAAAAAUCAUUCUUCCAAUGACCUAUGCCUUUACACUAUAACACUCAUUGUAAAUUGUAAUUAUUUGUUCUAGUUUUUUCCAAAUGUAUCCAUCCACCCCAUUCCAAUAAAGAGAGUUCUCGAAA